CUGGGACAAGGAACUUUUGGGGACCAAGGUCCGUACCCUCUCUCCCGCCUCCCACGGAAACAGCCCAAUAGGCCACCACCACCACCACCUGACCCGAGCAGCCGCGGAUGACAACCGCUCCGCACCCAUGCUUCUGAGCCAGGAUCCACCUCGGCCUCUGCCGGCACCGGGAAGCCCACCCACUCUCUGCACUAACCUGGCCGCCUCCGCCCGUCCUGGAUUCCCACGCCCGCCCGGCCCCACUGGAUUCGCGCUGCUUCCGGGUGUGCGCGGAGCGCAGGGGCGGUGCCCCAGUCCGAGCCGCCCCAUCUGUCCCGGCGUCCCGCCCCUCGGGCUCCCCGCGGUUCCUUCCCACCACUGUCCUCCGCCGCCAGUCCCCAGUCUCUGGGCAAAACCCACCUGGUCCUCUGAGCAGCGGAACCCCGACCCCGCGCACGGCCAUGGCGGAGCCUGGAGAACAACUGCCGGAGGAAGUGCUGGCACUCAUUUUCCGUCACCUGCCCCUGCGGGACCGCGCCGCUGCUGCGAGGGUUUGCAGAGCUUGGGCUGCCGCUGCCACCUGCAGCACUGUGUGGCACAACACGAACAUCAGCAAGGUUUCAACCAGCGGCAGAUGCAUCUGAAGUCUUCUAAAGGGAUAGGAUGGGAGUUCCCUUCUAGCAUCACCUUGGAGCGACCAGGCAUGGUCGGGACAGGGAGUUGCGACUGUGAGCUAGAAGGCAUGCAGCCGCAGUAUCUGUCCGCUUGCCUGGACCACGUUCAGAAUCUACGUCUGGAAUUUGUGCCGUCCAGGGAGCCGAGCCGCCUGGCGGCUAUAGAGUUGCUGACCGCACUGGCUGGCCGUAACCCCGAGCUGCGAGGCCUGUGCCUGGAGUGCCGCGGAGAAAAGCGGCUCUUCGACUCGGGCCGCGACGUCCUGGACGCCGUGCACGCCCUCUGUAAGGCUGCCCGCGCGCUGCGCCACCUCGACCUGCGGCGCUUGCCCUUCACACUGGACGACGCUCUGGUGCUGCAGGUGGCACACGGCUGCCCGGAGCUCUGCAGCCUUUUCCUGGAUAACAGUACGCUGGUGGGCAGCGUGGGGCCAGGCUCCGUGCUGGAGUUACUAGAGGCCUGCCCCUGCCUACGCGCCCUCGGCCUGCACCUGGCCAGCCUGUCGCGCACCGCGCUCGAGGCACUGGCGGCGCCAGACCGCGCACCUUUUGAGCUCCUGGCCCUGCGGUGCGCAUGUCCCGAAGACGCACGCGCGCCGCCCCUGCCUAACGAAGCCUGGGCCGAGCUGAGCCGCCGCCACCCUGGACUGGCCGUAGAGCUGGAGCUGGAGCCGGCUCUGCCUGCCGAGAGCGUGACGCGCGUCCUGCAGCCUGCUGUGCCCGUGGCUGCGCUGCGCCUCAGCCUCUCUGGGGACACCGUAGGCCCGGUGCGCUUCGCAGCGCGCCACUACGCCGCAACCUUGAGCGCGCUCGAAGUGCGCGCUGCCGCCUCUGCCGAGCUGGACGCCGCGCUGGAAGAGCUGGCAGAGCGCUGCGCGGGCCUGCGCGAAGUGCACUGCUUCUGCGUGGUGCGACCCUCCGUGCUGCACGCCUUCCGCACGCACUGCCCGCGCCUGCGCAGCUACACGCUCAAGCUAACGCGGGAGCCACAUCCCUGGCGGCCCACGCUUGUGGCGUGAGGCGACAAACCCUCUUUCCCCUCCCUGCGGACGUGUGACCCCUGCGUGGGUUUGCCCCGGGGCGCGUCAGCUGCUAGUCCUCUCCUUUAGGACUCUGUUGCCUCUUGUCCCUCUCGAGAAUUGGGGGCUGCGGGAUGGCGUCGGUACCAGCGCGGAGCAACCUGAGUCCACUCGUUGCUGUCAACAUCUGCAGACACCCACUGUCCCCGCCGUACGGGGAUCACCCUCCUCCAACCCCAGUCCUCUGCAAACGUUGCUCGGCGGCCCCGGCGUGGGAGGAGGGAGGGCACUGGCUCAAAGCAUGCCUCAGGGUUGAGUGUGAAAUAAAUCAAGCAGUAUCUCUACGUCCUGUGA